GCAUAUCAAUCUAUCAAAAGCCUAUUCACAUUUGUUAUGCGUAGGCUAAACUCACUCAUUCAUUUCUUCUUCUUUCACUCAAAUACAGGCUCAUUGGCAAAUCAUCAACAAAAUUGACACAGUCAGUAGAAAGGGGAUUCAGUGUGAAAUUCAUCAACAAGAAUAGAGAUUUCGUGAACACAACAAAACUCUCGUGGCUAUUCCCCUACAAGAUCAUCAUCCAGUUCAAAAUCAUGUAUUUGUCAAUAGUUGGACGAUAUUCAACAAAAUUGUUCGUUUUCUUGAAUUGUCUUUUUAUUACAAUUGGCAGCAUUGUGGUUGUAUUCGGCAUGAAACUACCAACCAAUCUAUCUGGAUAUAAGAGGAUUUUACAAGCAACUAUACCACCCAUCUUCCUAACUGCUACUUUCUCAGGAAGUCUUGGUAUAUUAGCUGCAUGCAUCGGAAUAUUAGCAAUAUUGAGUGAAAGAAACAUGAUCAUGUAUCUGCAUCUAUGUACUUUGACCAUUGUAAUACUUAUGGAAAUUGGCAUAGCAUCGACAUCCUGUUUAAUGAACGACCAAUUCUUCACUGAAGCUCAUAGUUCGUUAAAUACGAAUGUUAAACAAUAUUGGACAAAUCUUCGUUAUCAAAUAGAAUUUGAUGAUUUACAAACAACAUUCCGUUGUUGUGGGGCUGAUUCAUCCAACGAUUAUCCACAUGUUAAACAACUUCUACCGAUUUCAUGUUUGUCUGGAAUAAAACCAUAUUCACUGGUAUUCGGUGUUGUUCUGUUAGCACUCGGAAUUCAACCACAAAUCACAUUAAAUCAAUUCAGAACUAUACUACAAAAUGCGAAACCAGAGAUCUUCCUGGCUGUCAGUAUCUCAGGAGGUCUCGGUGUACUAGGAUCAUUUGUUGGCAUUUAUGGACACUCGAAGAAACAGAAAGUGAUCAUAUAUAUGGGAUGUGUAUCAGCGAUAAUUGAAUAUACACAAACUUAUCUAAAUAUAAUCAUGUAUCUAUGUUUCACAUUCGGGAUUAUUCAAGCGGUCUACUUGAUAUUGUCAAUUAUGAGAAUACGUAAAUUUGAAGGUGACGAUUUUCUAUCUGCAUAAUGGUCUUAUUGAGACCAAAUGUUGAGAAGAUAUUCAAUGGAACCGAAUGUCAAUCAAACAACCGAAUCAUUGACUAUUCAUUACUCAUUCUAUUGUCAUUUGAUCUUACUUAUUUGUACACCAUUGUACACUAUUGUUAUCAACUGAAUAAUGAAUUUCUUCAUUAUUUUCUUUGUUUAAAUCAACUUGUUACUGGGAGGUGUUUCGAAAGAAAACAAACAAAAAUGAGAAACGUUUAUUCUCUUUAACACAAUCGAUAGGAUAUUUCAACUAGAGUAUAUCAGUCAAUCAGAUUCGAAGUGUUCAUACAACGAACACAAGGUACUUGAUCGAAAGUAGAUUAUUAUUAUUAUUAUCAUGAGGUAUUGAUUGGAUUUCAAGAUAGAUGUUUAUCAUCUCUUCAGAGUGUUUAUUGUGAAGGUGUAAUAGCAACCGUAGAUCGAUCUAGUUGUGGUUAUUGAGAGUUGCAUUGUGACUGAAUGAUGGAAAGUCAUUGGUUGACUAUAACAAUGAGAGCAUUGUGGAUUGAUUGAGCUUUAUAAGUAAAACGAUAGGCUUAUUUUUCUUUGAAAUCCUACUCGUGACAUUUUGUCACAAUAUCUGUUGAGCAUAGUUGGAGAUGUGAAAACCACACUACGAUAUAACAUACACUAUUGAUAUAACAUGACUUAGACUACACACAUUUUAUUUGUUAAUGCAAAUACAUUGAGAACUUACGUUGUAUUGAUGUACCAACUAAGUUCACACAUCGUUCCA